GUGUGCGUGGAGCCGGCAGAGGAAAGCCAUUCACACAUAGGCUGUGUAGUACUGCGGGUUACUAAUUGAUUUAAAGUACAGCUUACAGAGUUGGAACGAGACGAGCGAGCAGCAUGGCGGAGGAAGGGGACACGGUAGAAAUAGAUGGUGGAAUCAUGGAAGGGGGAGGCCAGAUUCUCCGUAUUUGCACUGCCCUCAGCUGUCUCUUGGGGAAACGCAUUCACAUCGGAAGCAUCCGAGCUGGACGGAGCACACCAGGACUCAGACCACAGCAUUUGUCAGGUUUGGAGACUGUUCGAGAUCUGUGUGCCGGGCAGCUGGAAAAUGCAGCGAUUGGAUCCACUGACAUAACCUUUACUCCUGGGAAGUUAAAAGGAGGAGCACUGACUGCUGAUACAAAGACAGCGGGGAGUGUAUGUCUGCUCCUUCAAGUCUCUCUACCCUGUGCUUUGUAUGCCGAGUCUCCUUCCGAGCUGGUCCUGAAGGGUGGCACCAACGCAGAGAUGGCACCACAGAUUGAUUAUACCACAAUGGUUUUCAAGCCAAUCGCAGAACACUUCUCCUUCAAGUUGGACUGUGACAUCAGACGAAGGGGGUAUUACCCACGUGGCGGAGGGGAAAUUCUUGUGAGAGUUUCACCCAUCAGGGGUUUAAGUCCUAUUAACCUGACCGAUCGAGGCACCAUCACUAAAAUCUAUGGACGGGCGUUUGUGGCUGGAGUUCUUCCCUAUAAGGUGGUGAAAGAUAUGAUUUCUGCAGCAGUGAGAUGUAUACGCAAAGAGCUGAGGGAUCUGUAUGUAAAUAUCCAAGGUGUACAGGAACCCAGCGAGAAGGCGGUGGGAAAUGGCAGCGGGAUCAUCAUUGUUGCCGAGACUUCCACAGGCUGUUUAUUUGCAGGUUCUGCGCUUGGCAAGAGAGGGGUUACUGCCGAUCGAGUUGGAGCUGAAGCUGCUGAUAUUUUACUCCGUAAUCUGCGCCAUGGAGGCUGCGUGGAUGAAUAUCUACAGGAUCAGUUGAUCAUUUUCAUGGCGCUGGCGGAUGGUGUCUCCUUGCUCCGAACUGGUCCUGUGACCUUGCACACUCAGACUGCUAUUCAUUUUGCAGAGACUCUAACUAAGGCAAGGUUUAAUGUAAAGAAGUGUGAAGAUUCAGACUCUGACAGUUAUAUAAUUGAAUGUCGAGGAAUUGGCCUCCAGAACAAGAAUAUGUGAGGCUUAAAGGUCAGGAUGGCCACAGGAAGCCCGAGUCCACCGUGGGGGUCUCCCACGGCACAGUAUGGCACACCAGGAGCAGCGCAUGGUCCGAUGAGGACAGCAUAGAGGAAUCAUAACCUCUUCCUACAGGGUUGGUUUCUGUUAUAGUCUGAGAGCUAAUCAGACGGUUUGUGUGCAUGGAAGCAAGUUUCAGUUAACCUUAUUGCACUGAACAACGUGUGACAUUCUACAGUCACAUUUGUGCCUCCAAAUAAAGUGGCGGUGAAUCAAAUAA